GCCCUGAACGGGGUGGGUGUGGCCUCUCCCCAACGGGACUCCUCUGCCUUCUCCCGGAUGGAAUCAAUCUGAGGACUAAACAUUUGCACUUGCGGCUCUUUACUGCUGUGGAAGAAAAGAGAAUUCUCCAGUAAGUGAACCGAGGAGCUGUAACAAUGGCGGGAAAGCCCUUAUUUCAUUAUGAUGAGGCCCGGGGCCGAAUGGAGUCUGUCCGCUGGCUCUUGGCUGCAGCUGGAGUAGAGUUUGAAGAAAAAUUUCUGAAAACUCGGGAUGACUUGGCAAGGUUAAGAAACGAUGGGAGUUUGAUGUUCCAGCAAGUGCCCAUGGUGGAGAUUGAUGGAAUGAAGCUGGUGCAGACCAGGGCCAUUCUCAACUACAUUGCCUCCAAAUACAACCUCUAUGGGAAGGACAUGAAGGAGAGAGCCCUCAUUGACAUGUAUACUGAAGGUCUGGCGGAUCUGGAUGAUAUAGUUCUCCAUCAACCUUACAUUCCCCGAGAGGAGAAAGAGGGAAACCUUGCCAAGAUCAAGGACAAAGCAAGGAACCGUUACUUCCCUGCCUAUGAGAAGGUGUUGAAGAGCCAUGGACAAGAUUAUCUGGUUGGCAACAGGCUGAGCAAGGCUGAUGUUUACCUGGUUGAACUCCUCUACCAUGUGGAAGAGCUGGACCCCACCAUUAUGGCCAACUUCCCUCUGCUGAAGAGCUGCACCCCGCUUCCGGGCCUCGGAAAGCAGAAGAACGUGGGAUCAGGGACGCCGCGUCCCACGCGUCCCACGAAGCGGCUCGGAAGAGGACUCAGUUCCCAAGUCAAGGCAGGCCACAGUACGAGAGUGCGCCUGCGCGGAAACUGCUUCCGGGGUGAGGUACUGCGCUUGCGCGUCCCCACUUUUCCUCUUCAGCUGCAGCAAGGGCUCAGGGCUGCAGGGAUGUCAAGAAAACUCAUGACAGGGUGAUAUCUCCUUAGAUAU